AUGGCGGCGGCGGCGGGGAAUCGCGCCUCGUCCUCGGGAUUCCCGGGCGCCGGGGCGGCGAGCCCCGAAGCGGGCGGCGGCAGAGGGGCCCUCAAGGCGAGCAGCGCGCCUGCGGCAGCCGCGGGGCUGCUGCGGGAGGCGGGCAGUGGGGGCCGUGAGCGGGCGGACUGGAGGCGGCGGCAGCUGCGCAAAGUGCGGAGUGUGGAGCUGGACCAGCUGCCCGAGCCGCCGCUUUUCCUCGCCGCCUCGCCGCCGUCCUCCUCCACUUCCCCGUCGCCGGAGCCCCCGGACGCGGCGGCGGGCGGGAGCGGUUUCCAUCCUGUGGCGGUGCCGCCGCCCCACGGAGCCGCGAGCCGCGGUGGCGCCCACCCUGCCGAGCCGGCGGCCGCAGCGGACAGCGGCGCCCAGAGCCCCGCGGGGGCCGAGCCGGGGGAGAAGCGGACGCCCGCCGCCGAGCCGACUGCGGCGGCCCCGGCCGGUCGUGAGAUGGAGAAUAAAGAAACUCUCAAGGGACUGCACAAGAUGGACGAUCGCCCAGAAGAACGAAUGAUCAGGGAGAAACUGAAGGCCACCUGUAUGCCAGCCUGGAAGCAUGAAUGGCUGGAACGGAGAAACAGGAGAGGUCCCGUGGUGGUAAAGCCAAUCCCUAUUAAAGGAGAUGGAUCUGAAAUUAAUAACUUGGCAGCCGAGUCUCAAGGAGAGGGCCCAACGAGCGCUGCUUCCUCAGCUCCCAAAGGCCGACGCAGCCCUUCCCCUGGCAGCUCCCCCUCAGGUCGCACAGUGAAAUCUGAAUCUCCAGGAGUAAGGAGAAAAAGAGUUUCUCCAGUGCCCUUUCAGAGUGGGAGAAUCACACCACCUCGAAGAGCCCCUUCACCAGAUGGCUUCUCACCAUACAGCCCCGAGGAAACAAACCGCCGUGUAAACAAAGUGAUGCGGGCCAGGCUGUACUUACUACAGCAAAUAGGACCCAACUCCUUCUUGAUUGGAGGAGACAGCCCAGACAACAAAUACCGGGUGUUUAUCGGGCCUCAGAACUGCAGCUGUGGGCGUGGAACAUUUUGUAUUCAUCUGCUAUUUGUUAUGCUCCGGGUAUUUCAGCUAGAACCUUCAGACCCAAUGUUAUGGAGAAAAACUUUAAAGAAUUUUGAGGUUGAGAGUUUGUUCCAGAAAUAUCACAGUAGGCGUAGCUCAAGGAUCAAAGCUCCGUCUCGUAACACCAUCCAGAAAUUUGUUUCACGCAUGUCAAAUUCUCAUACACUGUCGUCAUCUAGCACGUCUACAUCCAGUUCAGAAAACAGUAUAAAAGAUGAAGAGGAACAGAUGUGUCCUAUCUGCCUGUUGGGCAUGCUUGAUGAAGAAAGUCUUACCGUGUGUGAAGACGGCUGCAGGAACAAGCUGCACCACCACUGCAUGUCAAUCUGGGCAGAAGAAUGUAGAAGAAAUAGAGAACCUUUAAUAUGUCCCCUUUGUAGGUCUAAGUGGAGAUCCCACGAUUUCUACAGCCACGAGUUGUCCAGCCCUGUGGAUUCCCCUUCUCCCCUGCGAGCUACACAGCAGCAGACCACCCAGCAGCAUCCCUUGGCUGGAUCCCAGCGGAGGAAUCAGGAGAGCAGUCUUAACCUUACUCAUUAUGGGACUCAGCAGAUCCCUCCUUCUUACAAAGAUUUAGCUGAGCCUUGGAUUCAGGUAUUUGGAAUGGAACUCGUUGGCUGCUUAUUUUCUAGAAACUGGAAUGUAAGAGAGAUGGCUCUCAGACGUCUUUCCCACGACGUUAGUGGGGCUCUGCUAUUGGCAAAUGGGGAGAGCACUGGAAAUUCUGGGAGCAAUAGCGGAAGCAGUCCAAGUGCUGGAGCCACCAGUGGGUCUUCCCAGACCAGUAUCUCAGGAGACGUGGUGGAGGCAUGCUGCAACGUUUUGUCAAUGGUCUGUGCUGACCCUGUCUACAAAGUGUACGUUGCUGCUUUAAAAACGUUGAGAGCCAUGCUAGUAUAUACUCCUUGCCAUAGUCUGGCAGAAAGAAUCAAACUGCAGAGACUUCUCCGGCCAGUUGUAGACACCAUCCUAGUCAAGUGUGCAGACGUCAAUAGUCGCACAAGUCAGCUGUCUAUAUCAACGCUAUUGGAAUUGUGCAAAGGCCAAGCAGGAGAGUUGGCAGUUGGCAGAGAAAUACUUAAAGCUGGAUCCAUUGGUAUUGGUGGUGUUGAUUAUGUCUUAAAUUGUAUUCUUGGAAACCAAACUGAAUCAAACAACUGGCAAGAACUCCUGGGCCGUCUUUGUCUCAUAGAUAGACUGCUGUUGGAAUUUCCUGCUGAAUUUUACCCUCAUAUUGUCAGUACUGAUAUUUCACAACCUGAGCCUGUUGAAGUCAGGUAUAAGAAGCUGCUGUCCCUCCUGACCUUUGCUUUGCAGUCCAUUGAUAAUUCCCACUCAAUGGUUGGUAAACUCUCCCGAAGGAUAUAUUUGAGUUCUGCAAGAAUGGUUACUGCAGUACCCCAUGUAUUUUCAAAACUGUUAGAAAUGCUGAAUGUUUCCAGUUCCACUCAUUUUACCAGGAUGCGGCGGCGUUUGAUGGCUAUUGCAGACGAGGUGGAAAUUGCUGAGGCCAUUCAGCUGGGCUUAGAAGACACUUUGGAUGGUCGACAUGACCGCUUUUUGCAGGCAUCUGCCCCUAACAGCUAUCCAGAAGCCAUGGACAAUAGUUCCUUUGAAUGCACGGACCAUUUAGAGAAAACUGGAAAAGGAUUGUGUGCUACAAAGUUGAGUGCCAGUUCAGAGGACAUUUCUGACCGACUGGCCGGCAUUUCAGUAGGACUUCCUAGUUCAACAACAAUGGAGCAACCAAAGCCAAUGGUUCAAACAAAGGGCAGACCCCACAGUCAGUGUCUGAAUGCCUCUCCUGUAUCUCCUCAUUCCCAGUUAAUGUUCCCAGCCUUGUCAACCCCUUCUUCAUCAGCCCCAUCUGUACCACCUGGUGCCGGGACAGAUCUCUCUAAGCAGAGACCUCAGGGGUUUGUUCCCUGCAAAAUGCCUUCUGCGUCUCCUCAAACACAGCGCAAGUUUUCUCUACAGUUCCAGAGAAACUGUUCUGAAAACAAAGACUCAGAUAAACUUUCCCCAAUCUUCACUCAGUCAAGACCCCUACCCUCCAGUAAUAUACACAGGCCAAAGCCAUCUCGACCUACCCCAAGUAAUACAAGUAAACAGGGAGAUGCCUCAAAAAAUAGCAUGACACUUGAUUUGAACAGUAGUUCCAAAUGUGAUGACAGCUUUGGCAGUAGCAGCAAUAGCAGUAAUGCUGUUAUACCCAGUGACGAGACAGUGUUCACCCCAGUAGAAGAGAAAUGCAGAUUAGAUGUCAAUACAGAGCUCAACUCCAGUAUCGAGGACCUUCUUGAAGCAUCUAUGCCUUCAAGUGACACAACAGUAACUUUUAAGUCAGAAGUCGCUGUGCUCUCUCCUGAAAAAGAUGAAAAUGAUGAUACCUACAAAGACGAUGUGAAUCAUAAUCAAAAGUGCAAAGAAAAGAUGGAAGCUGAAGAAGAAGAAGCUUUAGCGAUUGCCAUGGCAAUGUCAGCAUCUCAGGAUGCCCUCCCCAUAGUUCCUCAACUGCAGGUUGAAAAUGGAGAAGAUAUCAUCAUUAUUCAACAAGAUACACCAGAGACUCUACCAGGACAUACCAAAGCAAAACAGCCUUAUAGAGAAGACAGUGAAUGGCUGAAAGGUCAGCAGAUAGGCCUUGGUGCCUUCUCUUCUUGUUAUCAGGCUCAAGAUGUGGGAACUGGAACUUUAAUGGCUGUUAAACAGGUGACAUAUGUCAGGAAUACGUCUUCUGAGCAAGAAGAGGUAGUAGAAGCAUUAAGAGAAGAGAUAAGAAUGAUGAGCCAUCUGAAUCAUCCAAACAUCAUCAGGAUGUUGGGAGCCACCUGUGAGAAGAGCAAUUAUAAUCUCUUCAUUGAAUGGAUGGCAGGGGGCUCUGUGGCUCAUUUGCUCAGUAAAUAUGGAGCCUUCAAGGAGUCAGUAGUUAUUAACUAUACUGAACAGUUACUUCGUGGCCUUUCAUAUCUCCAUGAAAACCAGAUCAUUCACAGAGAUGUCAAAGGUGCCAAUUUGCUCAUUGACAGCACAGGUCAGAGACUGAGAAUUGCUGAUUUUGGAGCUGCAGCCAGGCUGGCGUCAAAAGGAACCGGUGCAGGAGAGUUUCAGGGACAGUUAUUGGGGACAAUUGCAUUUAUGGCCCCUGAGGUCCUCAGAGGCCAGCAGUAUGGUCGGAGCUGUGAUGUAUGGAGUGUUGGCUGUGCUAUUAUAGAAAUGGCUUGUGCUAAACCACCUUGGAAUGCAGAGAAACACUCCAAUCAUCUUGCUUUGAUAUUUAAGAUUGCCAGUGCAACUACUGCUCCAUCCAUUCCUUCACAUUUGUCUCCUGGUUUACGAGAUGUGGCUCUUCGUUGUUUAGAACUUCAACCUCAGGACAGACCUCCAUCGAGAGAGCUACUGAAGCAUCCAGUCUUCCGUACUACGUGGUAGCCAGUUAUACAAAUAAACUGUUACAGAGACAGGAUGCUCAACAAGAGGAAAGAACUUUUGUGGGGAACCACUUUGAUGAUCUGCUGGCCUUCAUGCCACUGAACAGCUAUGAACAAGAUCAGUGGGGAACCCUUACCUAAGUAUGUGAUUGACAAAUCAUGAUUUGUACCUAAGCUUAGUAUGCAAAAGUCCACAAUUUGUGCAGAAACUGUAAACCGUGCCUUUCAAAGAACUGGCCCUUAGUAAACAGGAAAGCAGUGAACUCUGCAUGACUAAUUAACAGAGCUUAAUUAUUUGGAGCACUUUUUCAGCAAUAUUAGCAGCUGAGGGGCUCAGGAUCUGUUUUAAUGUUUCAAUUAUUCUUCCAUUUCAUAUCCUGAUCACAAGCAGGGGGUUCUGCAGUUCUGUUCUUUUUUGUCACUGGCUAUAACAGUCAGUAUCUGCCUCUUUUAGGUCAGAAUAUGCUAUAAGUAGCAGUAAAUAAAUAUAUUUUUGAAAAGUUGACAACUUCUUUAUGACCCACAAUUGACUGUUUUUUUUUUUUUUUUAUGCCUGGGCAAUUGUGGUUCAUUGUGCAUUUUACUGUUGGCCCAUUCAUUUCGUUUUUGGAAAUUACGGUUCUAUACUUUCAUUUCACCUUCAUUUUUGUUUAAUAUUCAGGGAAAGGUGACCUUUUCAAACCACACACAAAAAAGGUAGAACUAGAUGUGAACUAGAGUUUAUUAAAUAUCUUGCUGUUGCAAGAGUUUUUUAAAAUACAGAUUUAAAAACUUUGUUUUUAAAAUUGGAAUAUGAUAAAAUACUACCUUCAUUGAGUCAGUCACUGCUCUUCUCAUGCAGGUUAAAUAUAAAUUAAGUGAAAAUCAAAUGUUCUCUGUGAUGCAGCUCACAACCAAGAUCAAGAUGACCUUGAAAUGUAUUUGAACUUUGUUUCUUUAGUAGGAAACUUCACACCAUUUAGGUCUUACAAUGUAUGUAAUAAUCCAUCAUCCAUCAUCACCACUGAUAAUGUUAACUGCUAUUUUCCUUCCACCAUGUAUCAUCUCUUUACAGUAGGCCUGGCUGAGAGAUACCUAAAGAAAAAUUAAUUUAAUUAUGCAACUACAAACAAGUGUUUCCAAACAAUAAAUUUGCUUCAAACUUGGAAAAUAUGUUCAGAAAGAAAAGUGACAUUGAAAUUUCAUUUACGCACUAAUUCGUUGGAUUUUGCACAGUUCUCUAAUGUUUUUUAUCUGAACUGAAUUCAGAUGCAUGGAAUCCUGAAGGAAAAUGGCAGCUCCUUUACCCUUUUUCUGUGAGUUUUUUAAAUCAAGUACUGAUUUAAGUAUUUAAUACAACUUUUUGAGAUGUUAAGUUUUAACUCUUCAGAAGCCAGUUGAAUUGUUGCAGAGUUAAAUAGAAUUGGUUAUUCUCAAAGACUCAGGAUAAACUAAAUAAGCUAUAUAGAGAGUACAUUUUAAAUGUACAACACAAAUUGGAAGUAAAAUAAGUUACAAGAUAAGUUUACAGGGCAGUUUUUUUUUAAUAUAAAUGAAUGUGUUUCUUAGUGAAAUUUUACAUUCCUUUGGUUGGAAGAUUGGCAAUAUUUGAAGAGUUAAAAAUAGUACUGAAAUGUGAAGUUUGGUAGCUCUAAAUGUGUUGUGUUUCCUCUUUUUUUUUGACUACUUUAGAAUUUUCACAGCUCUAAUCAGAUUGUUUCCAGGUCUCUCGUGUGCAAGCUUUAAAGGAUGCACUCUUGCCAUUUUAUGUACUGGAAGGUCAUUGGUCAGAUUAAUACUGUGUCUGACAGAGAUGUAAACUGUAUAAACUGAGGAACCUCAGCUAAUCAGUAUUACUUUGUAGACCACCAUGCCCACCACAUUUCAAACUCAAACUGCCUCUAGAUGCCAGAAUCCAUUGUUUGAGUUUGUUUGCAGUUCCCUCAGCUUGCUGGUAAUUGUGGUGUUUUGUUUUUUUGUUUUGUUUUCAAUGCAAAUGUGAUGUAAUAUUCUUAUUUUCUUUGGAUCAAAGCUGGACUGAAAAUUGUAAUGUGUAAUUAUUUUUGUGUUCUUAAUGUUAUUUGGUACUCAAGUUGUAAAUAACGUCUACUGCUGUUUAUCCCAGUUUCUACUACCUCAGGUGUCCUAUAGAUUUUUCUUCUACCAAAGUUCACUUUCACAAUGAAAUUAUAUUUGCUGUAUGACUAUGAUUCCUAAGACUUCCAGGGCUUAAGGGCUAACUUCUAUUAGCACCUUACUGUGUAAGCAAAUGUUACAAAAAAAGAAUCUCUGGGUUAAGAAAAAUUUGGCUUAAAUGUAUUCUUUG